AUGGCCUCCGAAACACAGACCCGAGAGAACAACUCUUUCGUCCUGCGUGGCAUCAAGGACGUCUUCUUUGAAGAUCGCCCGGUGCCGAAGCCCUCACAACCUCAUGACGUCCUCCUUCAAGUCAAUUUCACCGGCAUCUGUGGCUCCGACGUCCACUACUGGCAGGAAGGUCGAAUCGGACACUAUGUGGUGAACGACCCCAUGGUACUCGGCCACGAGUCCGCAGGCACUGUUCUCGAAGUCGGCUCGGAGGUCAAGAGCUUGAAGAAAGGAGAUCGCGUGGCCAUGGAGCCCGGAGUGCCUUGCCGGCGAUGUGUCCGUUGCAAGGAAGGGAAAUAUAACCUAUGCUUCGACAUGGCUUUUGCUGCAACCCCGCCCUACGACGGCACGUUGGCAAAAUACUAUGUACUCCCGGAUGAUUUUUGUUACAAGCUUCCUGAUCACGUCACCUUGGAGGAGGGUGCUUUGUUCGAGCCUUUGGCAGUCGGCGUUCACAUCACCAAGCAAGCAAAUAUCAAGCAAGGGGACACCGUGGUGGUGUUUGGUGCCGGACCCGUGGGAUUGCUGUGUGGUGCAGUCGCUCGGGCGUUCGGUGCGAAGAAGGUCAUCGCGGUGGACAUCAACACCGAACGGCUGGAGUUCGCAACGUCGUUCGGUGUCGAUGCCACGUUCGUCCCGUCAAAAGUCUCUGCCCAAGAAAAUGCUCAAAGGCUCAAGGACGAACACGGCCUAGGUCAGGGUGCGGACGCCGCCAUCGAUGCUAGUGGAGCUGAACCCAGCGUCCAAACGGCAAUCCAUGCAGUUCGCAACGGUGGGACCUACGUCCAGGGCGGUAUGGGACGAGACGAAAUCACCUUCCCGAUCAUGGCUGCAUGCACCAAGGAGCUGACGAUCAGGGGAAGUUUCAGAUACGCGAGUGGUGACUACCAAGAUGCGUUGGACCUUGUCAGUAAUGGUAAGAUUGACGUCAAGAAAUUGAUCAGCAGGACAGUCGGUUUCGAUGAGGCAGUCCAUGCCUUCGAGGAUGUGAAAGCCGGUAAGGCGAUCAAGGUGUUGAUUGAAGGUCCGAAGUAA